CAAACCCCCACGUCCUCUGGUGUCAGUCUGUCCGAGAGCCCGCCUGAAUGAAAACACAGGAGCGACGACACCAACGACACCAGUACCUACCAGUGAAGCAGCAGAGAUACAAAUCAACUGCUACCGUGCUCUGCGUGUCCUCUCGGCUGUCAACGGUGUAGAUCUUCUAUCAGCUGCUGCCGUGUGCUGGACGUGACCAGAGCAGCAUGGACCCACGCAAAGUGUCCGAGUUAAAGGGCUUCGUGCAGAUGUGCGAGUCCAGUCCUGAUCUCCUGCACCUUCCAGAGAUGAGCUUCUUCCGGACCUGGUUGCUGGGCAUGGGUGCAACAAUCCCUCCCCUAGCCAAGACAGAGCCGUCAUGCCAGGGCGGCUGUCCUUGUGGACCUCCCCCUACAUCAGCUCCAGCUCCACCUCCUGAGCCAGAGCGUCCUGUGCAGUCUGAGAAUGACGAGAGUGAUAUAGAAAUGGACAAAGAGGGAGUGAUCGAACCAGACACUGAUGAACCACAGGAGAUGGGAGAGUAUGAUACCAUCGAGGUCACAGAGGAGAUGAUGGACCAGGCCAGUGAGAAGAAGAUGGCGGCCAUCGAUGCUCUAGGAGAAGGCAAUCUGCAGAAAGCUCUGGAUCUUUUCACUGAAGCCAUUAAGCUGAACCCGUGCGUAGCCAUCAUGUACGCCAAGAGGGCCAGCGUCUUCAUCCAAAUGCAGAAACCCAACGCAGCCAUCAGAGACUGUGACAGAGCCAUCAGCAUCAACCCAGACUCUGCACAGCCUUACAAGUGGAGGGGAAAAGCUCACAGGCUGCUGGGCCACUGGGAGGAGGCAGCCAGGGACCUGGCCACAGCCUGUAAACUGGACUAUGACGAGGACGCCAGCGCGAUGCUGAAGGAGGUCCAGCCUAAGGCUAACAAAAUCAUGGAGCACAGACGCAAAUACGAGCGCAAGAGAGAAGAGAAGGAGGUUAAGGACAAACAAGAGCGGGUAAAGAAAGCCAGAGAGGAGCAUGCGCGGGUCCAGAGGGAGGAGGAAGAACGACAGUUCGGAGGAGGAUUCUUCCCAGGUCCUGCUGGAUUCCCAGGCGGAGCCCCUGCUGGCAUGCCUGGUCUCGGUGAACUCCUGAAGGAUCCUGAGCUGCUCAACGCCAUGAAGGAUCCUGAGGUGAUGACUGCCUUCCAGGAUGUGGCACAGAACCCGGCCAACAUCGCCAAGUACCAGAACAACCCCAAAAUCAUGGCCCUCGUCACCAAGCUGAGCUCCAAAUUUGGAGCUUCACCACAGCCAUAGACGUGAAAGGACCAAAGAUGAGAGGAGAUGAGAGGAGAGGGGGAUACGUGGUGAAACAAUCUGGAGAGCCACAACGCUUUUCAACAAUUAUUCCACUGUGUGCAGAUCAAACAGGGGAGCAGGUGAUGGGUUAAUUGGUGUGAUGUAGAGAAAGUGAGGCAACUUUUUAAAUGUUCUUAAUAUGCCGGUUAGCACAUAGCAACGUCCCAACAAGGUUAGGAGUCACGUUUGACUCGUCUCAGCUGGGACUUCACUCAACCACAGGUUGGUGUUUCUUAACCUGUAUCUGGAAAAACGCUAAACUGGGAGCUCCUGAAUUAAGACGCUGGCUCACAAACAUUUUUACAGCCAUUUAAUACGUGGUAAUGGUUAAGCUACCGGUAUUUCCUUUCUCCGAACAGAGCCGAACUCUCACUCACAACCGUCUGCACUUUUUGUUAUCAGAUCUGUUAUUAUAAAUGCAAAAAAAAAAAAAGUCACUGAUCUUUGAUGUCUGACCCUGUUGGAAAAAUGAUUCACAAUAAUAAAACCUCUGUUGCUGCAAAACAG